UCACGGCAACAACGAACUAUGUCAUCGCCAUGUGAAGGUCACAGAGGUGGAUGCUACGAACACCGCGGGAGUGCCUGGAUAUGGCGGGCGGGGCCACUAGCGCCGUGAAGCUGGACACUUGUGCAGUUUUGGCUGCAACCCCGCCAAAGAUUCACUCUCAGACUAGACUUUGACCGUUCACACCACACAAAUAGCCAUUCGCUAUCAAUCGUCGAACAUCUCCAAGCAUGGCUACCAGACCACCCGCCUUCGACGUCUCGUUCACCCACAUUGUCGCAACGCUCUUUUACAAGGUCGACAAACCACACAACGCUUUACUUCCUGACCAAGUCCCGCAUACACCCCAGGAUACCAUUCCUGCAGCCUCCCUAGAAACGCUCAGAGAUGGCGCCUCGCCGACUAAGAAUCUCGAGGCCUACCCUCUUGAGCCACCAACACAAGGGCCUGAUGCGCUUGACAACCUGUAUGGAAACUACAUAAGUCAGAGCUGCUUAAACGACUUCACCACCACACUAGCCAGUAUUCUCCCAGGUCUCGAACGAGAGACAAUAGCAAUCCGCAAACUCGAGCGAAGUCACCACUGCCGCGUCGUCGAAACUACCUUCCCUCUGCCCAGCGCCUCCAAUAUCUCCGUCGAAACCCUUCGCCGCCACGAGUCCAUAUCUCGAUUCGAGCUCGAAUGGAACGUCGAAUGCGUCUUCCAAGCCGACACAAUACACAGGCGCUACAAGCGUCUCGCAGUCUUCGACAUGGACAGCACGCUGAUUCAGCAAGAGGUCAUUGACGAGAUCGCCUCGCUCAUUGGCGUCGAGAAGGAGGUUUCUGCCAUCACAGCAGCGGCGAUGAACGGCGAGCUGGACUUUGAAGCUAGUCUGCGCGCGAGAUGUAAGCUGCUGAAAGGUGUCCCGGCGACGGUGUUUGAGACGCUGAGGCCAAGGAUCACAUUAAAUGAGGGUGUCAAGGAGCUCAUCGCCGCGCUGAAGAGGCUGGGAUUCAAGACUGCAGUACUGAGUGGUGGAUUUACACCGCUGACCGGCUGGAUGGGACAGCAACUCGGACUGGAUUACGCAUACGCAAACCACCUUGUCGUGUCUGAGGAUGGGCAGACGUUGACAGGUGAGCUCACGGGCGAGAUCGUGCAUGCACAGAAGAAGCGCCAGCAUGUCUUGGAGAUCUCACAGAAGGAGGGUAUACUGCUGGAUCAGGUCGUCUGCAUUGGUGAUGGCGCCAACGAUCUGCCCAUGAUGGGUGUCGCUGGCUUGGGCGUAGCUUUCCACGCAAAGCCCAAGGUGCAGCUUCUGGCGCCAGCGCGUUUGAACACUAAGAGCAUGCAGGAUCUGCUGUACCUGUUCGGUAUUACUAAGGAAGAGCAGGAUGAACUGCUCAAUUGAACUAUCGUUUGAACUCGAGGCUAGAGGACACAACGCAGCAUAGACUAUACCCCAUUUCA